AAAUAAGGUGCGCCAGUUCAGUUCUUCUGUUGCAAAAGCAGGUACACUCGUACAGAGUCCCGUCCAGGUGUAUGGGGUCGAGGGCCGAUAUGCUACAGCCUUGUAUUCUGCAGCCUCCAAACAGAAUAAACUUGAAGCUGUUGAAAAAGAGUUGACAACUUUGCAGAGCGAACACAAGAGAGACAGAAAGCUUCUGGAAUUCUUGUCUGAUCCAUCACAGAAAAGAGCUGACAUGCGAGCUGCCAUCCAAAAGCUCCUGAAACAGAAGAACUUCUCCGAGCUGACGAUGAAUUUGUUCGUUACCUUGUCUGACAAUGGACGCAUCAGCAAGACUGAGCAAGUGCUCUCCUCCUUUGGCAGAAUCAUGAGCGCACAUAGAGGAGAAGUUCAAAGCACAGUUAUCACUGCUAAGCCACUUGAUGAGGCAAGCUUGAAUGAGUUGAGAUCGGCGCUGCAGGGGUUCCUCUACAUAAACCCUCCCAAGU